AUGCUAGAUUCUCGGCUGCCCGAACAUCAGCCUCACGCCUCGUCUUCCGAGUCCGCCAACGUGGACGUCUCAGGUGAUGAUCCUACUCAAUUGCGACCAGAUAGUACUGUCCCCAGCACAUCCGUUGUAGCCCUGCACACGACGCACGUAGAUGCACAAAGCAUUCCACUAGUCGUGCCUUUCGAUCCACUUGCUGAUGAGUUCGAUCCACCUACUCCUUACUCUCUCCCCACCCAGUCCAAAACUACGAGUGCAAGUGGUACGGCCGGUACGGGUGUAGCACCUGCCGAUAGUGAUCUCGGAGCGACCACUGCGGACGCACCUGCAAAGCUGAAGCGCAAAUCACCCAAGAUGAAAGCGAACAAGUCUAAUGAUGCAUCUAAUUUGUUUGCCAUCAACUGGCUCCCAACGAAUCAAGGGAAAUCACGCGACGAAUUCAGCGCUGCUUGGGCAGCUGUAGACGCAGAAACCAGGAAGAAAUACGAGGUUCUCAGUGCGACCAAGAAGACUGCUGCAAAGACGGAGGAGGCUGCAAAAAGAAAGGCUAGUAGAGCGACCAAGGCCACUAAUAAAUCGAACGCGAACAUCGCAGGGUUGUGGCUGGGUAUCCGAAUUCUGUUGCAUGUGGAGGCGGGCAGCACGGGUGAUGGUUGUGGGGCGUGGAGCACGUUGCAGAGGGGGAGCGAGGCGAGCGCGGUGCAGGGCGCAGGGUGCAGGGCAUGGGGCGCAGGGGCGGGGGCGGGCGCUGGCUUACUCAGACAGCAACGAACGAUAUCGAAGGACAACGGACCUCAUCUCAGUCUAUCGAAGACUAUCGAUGUGUAG